UACGCGCCGACAUAGUGUCUCAAAUUUACGCAGACUUUGUAAUUAGUUCCAUCUGCGCGGACAGAGUAUAUAGAACAAUCACAAUUUGGGUUUCCGAAUGCGGUGCUUGUAUCGGAUUGCGCGACAUCAUUUUGAGAAGGAAUAAAUAAUCUGAUGUUUGACAUAGAGCGAUGAGGUAUUUCACACCCAAAGUGAACGGCCAGUUAUAACCCUCGCGUUAUUUUUACAAGAGCAGGACACCACGCGAAGAAUUUAAUAAUAAUACAAGUCGCGUAGACUUGUUGAACGAUGCAGCUGUAAGCGAUCAACUUAUGGCAACAGGCAAGCCGUCGAAACAUGACAGCCCUUUGGAUUGUACUGAUAAUUCACCCGUUUUAACUUGACAUUUGAUUGGCCCAUGAUAGUCGCCGAAUAGUACGUAUAAUAGCGCACAAAAUUCAGCAAGGAUUACAUCACACGAGGGAAUAGAGAAGCGAAAGUUCGGCCGGUGGGAGUGAGCUGUUGUUUUCAUACACGAGGAAAUAUUGACUGACAAAUUAGUAAGAAAGUGUCGAACAUUGGGAUGAUAUAUUACCGCACAGAUGGAAAUUCAAGUGAGAAACAGCCAUAAAACACUGCGUGAAAAUACUUCUCCAACAGAAGUCAACGAAAUAAAUGAUUAUGAUGACCAACGAUUGGGGAAGAGAAAAAAGCGCAGAUCACGCUUGACUGGUCUGAGCAAACAACGUCAGGCGGCUAAUGCAAGAGAACGAAGCAGAACUCACAGUGUGAAUGCGGCGUUUAGUACACUUAGGGUGUUAAUUCCGACUGAACCAUCCGACAGAAAACUUUCAAAGAUUGAAACUUUACGUCUGGCAACAAGUUAUAUAUCGCACUUAGGAACAUUACUAGUCAGUGGUUCACAGUGUGUGAAUAAUUCUGAUGUUAAAGACAAUAUCACUGUACCUGUCUCUCCAUCGACUGGAAGAAUUUGUACAUUUUGUUUAAGUCUUCUUAAAUCGGUAAGUUGUUUUCAUUGUUCCUUAGUUUAGCAAUCUUUCGUAAUAAAGAUAUUUUCAAAGGUUUAUAUUACUCUUUAAAAAUAAAUACAUACGGUAUUCGCCUAAAAACCAAUAAAGCGACAGAGUUUGCAGCUACUCUACAUAUGUACUUAUACAAACAGGUAUUGUGACUGAAUAUGUCUGAAUGAUUAUGCGAAAUGAAGAGAAUGAUUUUGGAGGAUUUCUAAUUUCUUCUCAGGAUAUAUAACUAUUCAUAUAAAAGCCAAUAAAACGAUCAAGGUCGACCUGUACACGCAUACCAACACAGAAAAAAAAGCAUUAUAUGAAUAGGUUUACUCUGGCUGAUUAUAUGCCAAUAAAAGAGAGUAAAUACUAUUAGAUUGCAAUUCGAAAGAACAAGUCAUCCCUUCUGUUCCAGAAAGCCAAAUCAUAAAUCACAAAUCAUUUCAGGUUGUUUUUCCGCAUUUAUUGCCAAUAAAUGGCAAUUCUUUUCAUUAUCUUGGCUACCGCACAAGAUAUCGGGAGGAGCGCGCUAUUUACUUAUUCAAUUACAUUGUGUUAUCUCUUAACACCAACAUUGGUUCAUCGCCGGAUGAUAAUUUACUUUCUGGUGGCACUGCGCCUCACGCGAUGUCGAGACACUAGGAAACACCAAACAUAUUUCAUUGUAGCCAAAUGUUGAUGAAGUGGCUCCCGAACUGUGUGAUUAAGUGCAUAAAUACUGAGAAUAAUUUUAUAAACAAGACGUACCAGGUGUUUAUGAAGCGAUGAGAUGAUAUCAUAUCAUGGGGUAAGUAUAAUCCUUUCGCGCACGAUUGUGAUAAUUGAUAGUCUGAUUAAUGCGCUUAUGUAUGAUUGUGUUUUUCUAAGCGCGCUUUUAGUAAACUUGCGCUUCUGGGCUUGCAGGAGCAAGCGCAUUUAGACGAACUUCCGUGCGGCCUUAACAUUACGAUGUAAAAAAUGUUGAGUCCAUUUUCAUGUUUUUGUGUGAAAUUUAUCAAAGUGCGGGAAGGAGGAGCACUUGCGCAAAUCGCGCACUGGGUUGUCUGCUCAUCUGGAGAACAUCUGGGUGGAACGAUAUGACCUUUUCUGGAGGGAUCAAAGUAAUAUUGGGGGUUUAAAUCAGCCUAAAAGAGAAUUUCAAACUGUUCUCAUGAUUAUCAACACCAAACUAAUAUAAACUUCAUAAUCCUAUUAGCCAAACACGAUGUACAAGGACAAUGAAAUUCUUGAUGGACAUGUUGGAACUCCCCAAGUGAGCUGCACAUUCUCGUGUUAUGACUAACAGGCAUGGUUUACACAGCGCACAAUUAAAUGAACACUAUCUUCUUAGCUUGAGCUCAUAUUCAUUAUUUUAAUUCAUUGAUAUGCCGAAAGAGCAUUGAGGUCAUUCUUUGAAUAGUGCGAAAAUUGUUGAUGACCUAAUGGUGUGGACAUCACGCUUGAUAAAUGGAGUUUGUACAAGAUGUUUAACCUAGGAAUGUACAACUGUGCGUAUGUAUGUCUUUUGAUAAAAAAAAUUGUUUGUAACUUGUAUGACAAGUAUUUCUUCAACAUUAUUCCUCAAUUUAAAUCUGCGUCAUUCCUAAUUUGAUUCUUCUAAUCAGUUGGCAAAUUGGACAAUCUCGAUGAUAUUAUUACAUAUCCAGUAUUAAAACCAUACUUUAUACAGUUUAUAGCAGUUUAAGUAAUUUUUAACUGAUUCCAGGCUGUCCAGGGAUAAUUCCUAAUGGCAAACUUAUUUGAUUACAUGUUGAUGUUAUUUCACUGCAGUAACAAGACUCAAUUGUUGCCAAUUUGUGCAUUUCACUGCCAAAUUAAACUGUAUGAUAUGCAAAUGCAUUAGUGCAAAUUCAGAUAACAUUCUCGUACUACGAGAGAAAUUAUGCUUAUCAGUUUAAUAUUAUCCUAGACUCUUAGAGGCUUAGACUUCUUCUAGAUUUUUUCUGAGCAUACGCAUUUAGCAAUCUUGUCCUGCGGUAAACGCGCCUCGGACUUAAUAGAGUCCAACUCUAUACCUGCAAAGGUAACUGUGGUGGGUAACUGGGGACGCAAUAACCUGCAAAAUACAAGGAGAACAUCUAGUUCUCUAAUUCUUGUAUUUUUCAAGCAGUUACAUCCCUAGCUAGUAGCUAGCAAUCUGAAGCUUUCUAUUAUUAGUAUAGCUACAAUCGUAGACAUUACUGGUUGAGACUAUUCCCGGCCCCCCCCCCCCCUCCCUUUACAAAAUUCGCAUAUUUCUAAUUAUCAUUAGUAAAUCCCAUGUUGCCCUACUUAAGCCCAACUCAAUGUUGAGCUUGCAUGUGUCAUGGUAUAUUACCAAAAGUUGUUUCGGCGUUGUUUACAAUGAACAGGGAGGAGACAAAGUUUGUUUUGUCAAUGUUCAAUAACUUUGUAAAUUGAAUAUUGGCUGGAGUAGUCUCAAGGGUUUUGACCUAGAUUGUAGCAUUGUGGUGUCAUAUAUAUUGAGAGUAAUAUAUUGAAUAUCAUAAUCGGAACCACGUCCAUAAAACAUUUAUAUACUGAAGUAUAAGGUCGACAAAGUAUUUGAAAUCAUUGAUAUAAAUUAUUAAUAAUAAAAACUUUUGAUAUGACUAUACGAACCAGUAAAACGAAUGAAAUCUUAUAGUUAAUGACAAAUUACAAGUAAAUACUAUAGGCUAGGUUGUUACCAGAACUUGAAUGAAGAAUUAAUAGUUGGAUAUAUUUUUAGUAAAACGUUGUAGUCGAAGCUACUCCUCAUAUGAGUAUAUAGUAUUAUAUGAGAUAUUUUGUUGAUUUCUGUUGUUAGAUUUUCUGGUAAGGAAGAUCGUUUGGACACCCACGAAUUUUUCAGCGUAGUGCCGAAAGCGGUUUUAAUUCGUAAUUAAAUUAGUUAAAUUUCCGUUUAGAAACUGAAUUUGUCUGGGCUUCAGUCGUUCGUAAUCAAAAUGUAAUAAAAGUGUUUAUGAGACCUAUAGUCAAAGACAAAUGUUUAGUGGCAUAUGCAUUGGCGAGUCAAUGUUAGUGACUUAUACAUUUCUUAUUAAAAUUUCGCGCGGACGAAUAAUCCGCGCAAAACGUUUAUUGCUCUAUAGCAUCCCCGCGAAAGUGUUCGCCACCUUAACACAAAAUCUGAGAGUUAGACAAGCAAUAUAACGCGGUGUUUUCAGAAAUGUUGUUAAAGUGUGCACUUGAUGUAACCAAUUGCAACACUCGUUGGUAUUAUUUUAAUAUUUUGAUCCAGGCCAUGUAGGGUUCAGGGCCGAUAUAAUUUUGUUGUGAGAGCCAAGUACCCGAUCAUUGUCUUUCAUUUGAUGAAGUACGUUUUCAUCAAAUGGUUGAACUACUUAAGUUAAAAAUAUCAUAGAAAAUAUAGAACCUUCGUUGGUCUUCCGUUGGCAAAUGUUCAGGAUUUUCGCUCGAAACAUCGACGGUUUUUCAGUAUAUUUUUGAGAUAGUUACAUGUCCUGUUAACUUAAUUUAACGAAAACAUCUUGCUUGGUUGAGCACUGCCUAGAAUCGGGAACCCCACAAUAAACGGAGGCUCUUUAAUAGCAGGAUAAAACUCUGCCCUCAGAAAGUAACCCCAGAGCAUCCAUUCUCGGUAAUUAAUUAACUCUUUCUCGGUAGGGUUUCAUUUGAGUAAGAAUCUUCAAGAAAAGGGACAUGUUUGAUAUCUUCAUGCACAGGGGAAAGCGAGGUCGAUGAAUAGCCGGAAUUGAACUGAUGAUGAAAUAGUUAUGGUUUUAUCUGUAAAAAAAUUGGUUUCAUAUUAUUCUACAGUGCAGGGAACAACGAAAAAUUUGUUGUCUCGAGCGAGAUUCGAACUCGCAUCUUCGGGUUUCUAGAUCACCGCUCUACCCAUAACAUUGAGCUAUCGAGUCAACGGAGAUUGGUUGGAGACUGGAGUCUAUAGUUCAUCCAAUUUAAGUGCACGAAAUAUUUGGGCUUGGAGGACGCGCAGUGUUUCAGCUCUAUUUCAGAACCAUCCUCAGAGACAUGAAAAACUAUUAUUGUCUAUCAUUGAAUUCGUUGUCUCGGGCGGACAUCGUGUGCCCGUCGACUCGAUAGCUCAAUGCAUGGAUAGAGCGACGGUCUAGAAACCCGAAGAUGCCAUUUCAAAUCUCGCUCGAGAUUCUCUGCAGUGUCAGGAUAAUAUGAAACUGGCUUCCAGGGGUACUUUUGGAUAAUGAAAGGAUCUUAAAUUUUUCUCUUGUCAUACCAUACCGAAUUGCAACGCACAAUGAAUGAUUUUUUAAAAACAUCGAAAUUUCCAAACAAAAAGGGCACCUUCGAUGUUAAUAUAGUAUUUACAGCGACAUUAGCUUGUAGAGAAAGGGAACUUUUCAUCACAAAAAAGGGCACUUUUGGUCCUUUGUCUUUGACAAAAAUUUUUUUUGGGGGGGGGGGGAGGCACGUGCCCCCUUGUCUCCGAGGUUCCUAGAUCCUGUAUUGUAUCUCCAUGUUUAUGGUUCCUGCAGGCAUACAAACAGUUCUCAUGCGGUAAAUUAUUCGAAUUCUAUAGCUAAUAUAUCCUUCCCAUCACAGAGAUGGUUAUAAGUCGAGUUCGGGCAUGCAGGAUGUUUACUCAAACGAUAUGGUCAUUAACACUCAAUAUCAGAAUAACUUUAACUCAUCACUCAACUGACAAGUAUUCUUUUUAGGAAAGGCCACCAUUUUGAAGUAGAAUAUGCAUGAUGUCAAAACGAAGAAUGAUGAUGACCAAGGAUAGAAGACUGGAACUGACUGAAGACAGGAGCCAAUUCGCACGAAUCAAAAUUCUGCAUGAGACUCACGGCUCUGAGAAUUGACAUUUGGCCAUUAUAUGGACCACAAAAAUCUAUUGAAUUACUGAGUGUACAUGUGCAUUAAAAGUGAUUGAGAAUCGUUAACUGCAGGUCAUGUAUAUAAACUUGGUGACAAUUCAAUAGAAGAAGAAUAUGUAAAGAUUAUAUUCAUUUUUUGAUGCCGUAUCGGCGUUUGAACAAAAGAUAAAGCAUUGCAUUUCCAUGCCGCGUUAUGUCAUACUGUGAUCAAGGAACUUGGAUUUUUCCCCAAAUUGUAUUUUAUUACUAAGCAAAUAGCUAUAGAUGGGACUAUGGUAUACUGUUUAAUGAUGCCUUGUACUCAUUCUAUAUAGUGUUAUUUCUGUAAACUUUACUGAAAUAUCCAUCAUGUGAAUAGAGAAGGCAUGUGAACAAACUGGUGGUUCAAUACUUUUGG